CGGGUUUUAGGGUUUAGGGGUUUAGCGGAGGUCGUCAAUUUGACGGAGAGGGUGUGUAGGCUUUGUGAUUGUUGCGUUAGAAUCACAGAAUGGCAGCUCUCAUUGCUUGAAGCAGGAAGAAUGUGAAUAGUUUCGUCGCGGUUUUGAAAGGAGUAGCACCAUGGCUGACUCGCCGCUUGCACAAAUUAAGGUCCAAGAGCUUCUGAAAGAAGUGCGCGUAGAUUACACCCGGUGUCGCAUUGUCGAUUCGGCUGUAGCUGCUGUGAAGGAAAGGCUUCUCAGCCUUCCGGAAAAGAAGGUUUCUGCCUCUCUGGUCUCCGCAUUUGCAAAAGAUCUCGGAGUGCCGGAGGACAAAGCUCAGCUCAAGUUCCAGAAACCCGAUGGAGUGGAGAUUGUGGGAAGUUAUGCUGUACAGACUGUUGCAAAACCUUUUCAGACAGUUGAUCUCGCCGUCAGAUUGCCUAAGUGUUGCUUCCUUGAGAAAGACUUUUUGAAUCACCGUUAUCAUGUCAAGCGAGCCCUGUACUUAGCUGUUUUGAAGAAAGCCAUCACCAAGUGUGAUUGUAUUAGCUCUACAAAAUGGAGUCUAAUUUGCGACGAUGCGCGGAAGCCAGUGCUGCUUUUGUUUCCUGCUCCUGAUGCGAAGGGCGCAACCACCAAGUUCGUCAUACGUAUUAUACCUACCAUAAGUUCCGAAACUUUCAGUGUGAACAAGCUUGCACCCUCGAAGAAUAAUUUGCGGAGUUUCAUUUCUAAAGAUGGAGUGAUUCAACCUACGCCUCAUUACAAUAGCAGUAUACUUGAAGAUAUGGCAGUAGAAUCCACUGCCGCAGUUCUGAAAGAGUCCUUUACAGGCCAUGAAUCGACGAGAGAUGCCGUGUUGCUGCUCAAGGUGUGGUGCAGGCAGCGAGGCAUUUAUGAUGCGGUGGAUUCUUUGAAUGGCUCUCUUAUCACGAUACUCGUUGCUUACCUUGCUUCUCCAGCGGGAGGAAAACGUAUCAAUGAGCAUUUGACUGCUCUUCAAAUUUUUCGUCUUACUAUGGAAUCCAUUGCAAAUGGAAAUGUGUUAGAGAAGGGUAUUUUCAUGCAGGCCGCUGGGUCGGGGAGUGUUGGGGCAGAGAUGAAAAAGGAUCUUCUUCAAGCAUUCAAAGUUGUGAUAUCUGGUUCACUGGUGUGGGUCAAUUUUGCAUCUCGAAUGUCUGCUAGUGCAUUAGCAGAGUUGAAAGGCGAAGCUUUGCGUACCUUAGCAGCGAUGAAGAACACCAAGGACGAAGGCUUUAACGCUUUGUUCAUGACCAAGAUAGAUUUUUCUGCGAAGUUUGAUUACCAUGUCAGACUAAGUCAAAAAGAGGAUGAACCUAGUUCUGCGGUAUCAACUUCUACACGGUGUUCAGAUGAAGACAGUUACAGGCUAUAUGAACAGCAACUCGAAUCUCUUCUGAUUAGGGGGCUCGGUGAUCGAGCACAGCUAGUUCGAGUCGUCAGACGGAGCUGUAGCUCAGAAUGGGUGCCCAAGGAAGGUCUAUCGAAAGUUGGGAGGGAUGACGUGUGGGUAGGCAUUUCUUUAGUUAACUUGGAUACUGCUCUGCGAAUGGCUGACGUUGGGCCAAGUGCUGAUAAUAAAGAAGAGGCCAAAAAGUUUCGAGCAUUUUGGGGCGAAAGGGCAGAACUUCGAAGGUUUAAAGACGGAAAAAUCACAGAAACUGCAGUGUGGGAGUGUGAGGGUUGGCAGAGACACUUGAUCAUUCAACGUAUUAUUGAGCAUGUUCUUCAUCGACAUUUAUCAUUACCUUCAAAGUCCCUUCAUGUUGUUGCUGGACAGCUUGAUUUUGCUCUCCUUGAGAAAGGGAUAGAUCCGACGUCAGGAUUUUCCAAACUCAUGGAGGUCUUGGGGACUCUUUCGAAAAGGUUGAGGGACAUUGAGGAUCUACCCCUUAAAGUUGUCAGUGUGCAACCUAUUAGUCCUGCAUUCAGUCAUGCAGAUGUGUUUCCUCCUCAGCCGCAUCCAUUGGCUCAAGAUGCAAGUUCUCAGAAGAUUCCUAAUGCAGCUCCUGUAUAUAUGGAUCCUCUUAAAAUUAUGUUGCAGCUGGAGGGGUCUGGGAAUUGGCCUGAAGCUCCAGUCGCUAUACGGAAAACCAAGGCUGCUUUUUGCCUACAGAUCGCUCAAAGUUUGCAGAAGAAAUGGAAUGUUGGAUGUGUUGCCGCCGAAGAUGCCAUCGAUAUCAUAGUGGAAGGUUACGUCUUUAGGCUUUUACUCAUGUAUGACAAAGAUCCCACUAGAGCCAUGACUUCCAAGGAUGAUGAGCAGCUGGGUACAGUUUCUCCCGCUCAUGACUUGUUGCUUCAAAGUUCACACGCAAGUUUAAUACAAGGCUUGCAUGGUGUGUAUCCGGCAUUUGGACCGACUGUUCGGCUUGCCAAGCGAUGGACAUGGUCGCACUUCUUUUCAGGCGCUUUGUCUGAGGAAGUCAUUGAACUACUGGUGGCUUAUGUGUUUGUUCGUCCCUCUCCGUAUCUCCCUCCUGCAUCUCGGGUCACCGGGUUUUUAAGGUUUCUUCAGCUGCUUGUCAACCAUGAAUGGGCCCUUGAGCCUCUUGUAGUGGAUGUAAAUGGUGAUCUUACUCCGAACGACUACAGUAAAAUUACUGCUAAAUUUGAUGCAGUAAGGCAUGGACCACAAAUUAAUGGAGCUGGUCCAGAUGAUAUACGAGGUCCUUCCAUGUACAUUGCAACGUCUUACGACUUUGGCUGCAAGACGUGGACACAUGAUUCUCCAUCUCAGCAGGUGCUAAAGCGGCUUAUUGCCUAUGCCAGAAGCUCAGCAAAUUUGCUCACAGAACUCAUUAAGGGCAGGGAGGACGACAGAAAAUGGCUGUCGAUCUUCAGAACACCAACUUCAAGCUAUGAUGCUCUUGUUGAGCUCCAUCUUGAUUGUCUACCUCACCCAAACCGAGUACUCUUUCCACCUGAAGGAUUAGGUGAAAGCAUUCUGAGCAAGGCAGCUCCAAAGUCAAUUUCACCAUUGUUGCCACCCGCCAUUCUGAAUAUGGGUAUCAAGGCUGCAAGGGACCAUUUAAUCAUUGGACUUAAUCCUGUGGAGGAGUUUGUUCAGGAUCUUCAGGUCAAGUAUGGUGAUGCCUGUACUGUAUGGUAUGAUCCGGUGGGGAGUAGCUUAAUUGGCUUAACGUUAUCCAACUCGGCCUUUAGCAAACAGGUAAAGAGUGCCAAACGUAAGCGAAUUGAAAACGAUACACCUAUUCUCGAUUUGGAUACAUUUUUAAAGGAUGUUGCUGCUCUAGGUGAAGGCUUAGUGAAGAAUAUAUAUUUAUCUCCUGCUGGAAGAAAAGGCAUGUGAUGCCGCAGAAUAUCAUCUCUUCAAACAAAGCUAAAUGAAGGAAGUCAUUGCUACAUUUUUCCGGCUAUGUUUCAUAUAUUUGGUUGUUGCAAGGGUUAUUCAAUUCUGAAUUUGAAGUCCACACGCAAGAUAUUUUUAGUGUAAUUAUUGUUGAUAAAAAAACUGAGUUUUCCAAUGUCCUCUUGCAUGGGUAGUUACAAAUUAGGAAAGAAUUUUGGAAGAUCUCUACAUAUUGAUUUACUGUCGAUGUGAUAUGUGAGUGCUAGGCUUGGAUUUACAAUUGGGGUUUUUCUGAACAUUGGUCAUAUCUAAAUAGAGACAUUACUCAGCAAGGUUAACUAGUUUAUAUCUUUUCAAAGAUCAUCUUAACCAGAAGGCUUUAGCCUAGUCACUAGAAACAAUCCUGCUAGUCUAUUGCAAGUUUGGAAAAAGGUUGAUUUCAUAUUCUAUAA